GAGCUGAUUAAGAGAGAGAGAGAGAGAGAGAGAGUGAAUAUAUACACAAAUUAAAAAUAAGAUGAUGGAUUGGGGGCCGGUGCUGAUAUCGGUGGUAUUGUUCGUGUUCUUUUCACCGGGACUGCUUUUCCAGGUUCCGGGGAGGUGCCGGCCGGUCGACUUCGGGAACUUUUGCACCAGCGCCCUCUCCAUUAUAGUACAUGCAGUUCUCUUCGCCAUCUUCGAGAUCAUGCUCCUCUAUGUCAUCCACCUUCGUAUCUUCCCCAGCCACCAUUGAUAUAUAUAUAUAUAUAUAUAUA